AUGGCUGCAUCAUUACACUCCGCCGCCCGGCGCUCGGUCGCCACAAUUACCUCCGCGGCACUUAAAGCCCCAGCCCGUCAAUCCAUCGCGGCUACAUCAGUUCUCCAGCGCGGAGCUUUCGCCGCUGCCAGCCGAGGCCUCAGUUCAACCUCGCAAAGCCGCCGUUCUUUCGCGCCAUGCCAGGCCAAAUCACACAGUGUAUUCAAUCUUCGUCAGCAAGUCCGAUGGAACAGCGACGAGUCCACUCCCGUGUUCCGGGAAUGGGGCUUUGAAGACGUACGUGGGACAGUCACCGUCGCCACUGCCUAUACUCUCGCCCAUUCUUCUUCUGUACUGAAGCUAACCCCAAUCACAACCCAGAUCAACGCCUCCCUCCCAGCUUCAACUUCCUCCCCCUCCCACACCCCCGUAAUCCUGAUUGACGUCCGCGAACCCGCCGAACUCACCGGCACCGGCAUCAUCCCCACUGCAAUCAACAUCCCGCUCGCCUCCCAGCCCGAUGCGCUCUAUCUGACCGCAGACGAAUUCGAGACACGCUUUGGGUUCCCGAAGCCCAGUGCUGAUGCGGACCAGAAGAUUGUAUUCUAUUGCAAGGCUGGUGUGCGGGCGCGUGCUGCGGCGCAAUUGGCUGUGCAGGCGGGUUAUAAUGCGGAGCAGCUCGGUGUUUAUGAUGGGAGUUGGUUGGAUUGGGAGAAGAAGGGGGGCAAGACUGAGCGGUGGGAAGGGAAUGAUGAGUGA